AUGAGUCAACUCCCAGACACAUCCGAAAGACAAAAAUUAUUCGAGUCAGCAGUCUCGUUUUUGAAUGAUGCUUCAGUUAGUGAUGCACCUUUGGCUAUGAAAAUAAAAUUUCUGGAGAAGAAAGGAUUGAAUCAAGAUGAAAUUGAGAAAGCAUUGAAGGUAGUAUCUGAGAAAAAAUAUAAUAAGUCGAUACCAACGAAUAACAACGACGAGAAUGAUAGGAACGGCGAUAUAGCUGCCUCUCAAUCCCAGGUUUCUCAACGGAGGAAUGAAGGGACUUUAACCGGAGAAAGAGGGGGAUACCAUUACACAUACCAGGCUUUACCACCUGUAGUUCCACAGCGAGAUUGGAAGGAUUAUUUCAUAAUGGCUACUGCCACAGCUGGUCUGUUCUAUGGGCUCUUUGAAGUGACCAAGAGGUACAUUGCCCCGAAUAUUCUUCCAGAAAGCAGUACAAAAUUAGAACAGGAUAAAGAGGAGAUUCAGAGACAGUUUGGUAAAGUUGAUAAACUGUUGGAAACUAUUGAUCACGAACAAAGGGAAUUCAGAGAGAAGGAGACUAAGAAGCUAGAGGAAUUAGACAUGACAAUUGCUGACCUUCAAAAUACGUUAGAACAGACCACACAAACAAGGGAUGCAAUGGAAAAUGAUUUCAAGAUGUUGAAGCUGGAAUUAAAUAAUCUACAAAGCGCAGUAGAUAAAUUUGUAUCGGGUAAUGAUACUAAGGCGGAACUCAACCAAAUGAAUAAUGAGAUCUUAUCCUUAAAACAUUUAAUAAUGAAUUCUAGUUAUACUGACAAAUCAUUGAAAAACAAAAAAAACAACAACACUCAUAUUGGCACUAAUAACAAAAGUGACAUAGGAACAUCAACCAAUCCCAGCCAUUCAAUCAAGAGUCCGAUCAAUGGACUUCCUGGUGUGGAGGCCAUCCCUUCUGCAGCUGAGUUACUAGCAAAUAUGAACUUUGACACAUCAGAGGAAGAGAAUCAAGAGAUUAAAGUCGAAGAGCCCGCAUGGAAGAAAUCUAGAGCUGAAACUGUUUCCCAAUUACAAGAUAGUGAUAACAAGCCAGAAACGAAUAAUUCCAGUACCGAUAUACCAGCAUGGCAAGCUGCUAUGGAGGCUGCACAACAUACUGACGACCAAUAG